CAAACCUCUCAACUUCUUGUAUAACACUGUUCUUCACCAGUAUUCAUCAAUCAAGGAUAUCAUGGCAACCUCGGAUGGCGGCGCAUACAGUUACUCCCUCACGGUCUUCUCUCCGAGCGGUAAGCUUGUGCAGAUCGAGCAUGCAUUGGCUGCGGUAUCGCAAGGGACAACUAGUUUGGGCAUCAAAGCGUCCAACGGAAUCGUAAUUGCAACGGAGAAGAAGUCGUCCUCUAUCCUUAUCGAUGACUCUAUGAUCGAGAAGGUUGCCAUCAUCUGUCCAAAUGUUGGCAUUGUGUACUCUGGAAUGGGUCCGGAUUUCCGAGUACUUAUUGCAAAGGCCCGCAAGAGCGCACAGGCAUACUGGAAGAUAUAUGGCGAAUAUCCACCAACGCGAGUGUUGACGCAGGAGAUCGCUACUGUGAUGCAGCAGGCAACACAAUCAGGAGGUGUUCGGCCUUUCGGUGUCUCCUUGUUGGUAGCUGGAUGGGAUAUCAGCAGCGGCCCGACCCUAUAUCAAGUAGAUCCUUCCGGAUCUUAUUGGGCCUGGAAAGCCAGUGCGAUUGGCAAGAACAUGGUGAAUGCUAAGACGUUCUUGGAGAAACGAUACAACGAUGACAUAAGCUUAGAAGACGCAAUCCACACGGCACUCCUUACUUUGAAAGAGGGGUUCGAGGGGCAGAUGACGGAAAAGACGAUCGAGAUCGGAGUCGUCACCGUACCGACAGCAGUAGAACUGGAAGCCGGAAAAGUUGGAGUAGAGACAGGACGCCCGAAGCCAACUUUCCGGAAAUUAAGUGAGGAAGAAGUACGUGAUUAUCUCGCCCUGUAGGGGCGCCCUUGUACUUUAUAUUGUCACCCCUAGUUGAAUUGUUUUGCGUCAUACGUCUUUUGUCCAUGUUGAUGAGCUCCAAUAACGAAGCUAAGCACCGUAUUUUCGCAUCAGAC